GACCAACUGAAGACAGCCUGUGUGAGAAGAUAAUAGAAGUGGGCCCUCCUUUUAACCCUGAGCUGUCAGCAGAGCAGUCGUUCAUUUUGACGAAGGAGUCACAGCUGCUGCUUGUCAAGACUCACACAGAGCCAUGGAGGAGAAAGAGCAGCCAUCUGGAGGACUUCACUUCGUCGGCAAGAAGGAUGAACUGAUUAAAGCACAGCGCUCUUCCAGGACACUAGAGGGUCGAGAUAUACUGAUAAUCUACCAUGAGGGAGUCUUCUAUGCCAUAGACUGUUACUGUUAUCAUGCUGGAGGGACGCUGCAGAAUGGAGACAUUGAGGACAUCAAUGGCAAGCUGUGCAUAAUUUGUCCAAAGCACAAGUACAAGAUCACUUUGGCUGAGGGGGAGGGCUUGUACAGGGCCAGAAACCCCAUGGAAAACCCAUCCAUACUCAGAUGGUACUCCAAGGGCAUGAAGCAGAGGGUCCACACAGUCACAGAGAUCAACGGGGAAGUCUUUGUCAAACUCACCACAAGCCCUUUCUGGAUUGACUCGGACUACUACCAGGGAGAAAAAGGAAAGGUGGAAAGGGCCAUGGCUGAGGCAUCUGAGGGGGAUAUGCCUGUAAUGAAAGAUGAUGACGAGUGAAGACCUUGUCAGUUUAUUUUUUACAGCAUAUAGAAAUUUAAAUAGAAUAGAAAUGGUAUAUAUUUCAUCAGUUAACCAAUUUAGUCUUACUAGGUAGCCACAUGUUUGUACACUCUCUUCCCCUCCAUAUUUCCCCCAUGAGUUAUGCAUACAGCAACUGAUUCAGUGUGAUAAAAAUCUUCAUACUGAUCAAUACACUCCUGAAGUGGAGAAUUAUUUACAUAUAAAAUAUAGAUCAUGAUACAAGAGUGGCUAGUUUUUAAACGAUCUUUGUCAGUUUUCCUCAGGUAACAGGAAUAAGUAGCAGGUCACAAAAAACAGACAUUUUAGGGAAUUGCCUCAUGUUGUACUUUACUGUGGCUUUCAAACAUGUUUAUACCCCUUGAAGUUUUCUUUCCAAUGUGUUUAAUGUACAACCAGUGUUCGGCAUAUUUUUUUGAACUUUUUUGUGAAUGACCAUAGUCUUCAUGACACUAAUGUUCUCCCCCCUGAGCUGUGGAUUUCUGCAGCUCCUUCAGAGCAUACAUUGGACUGCUUCUCUGAUUAAUCCUUACAUUGGUUGGGUUGCAGUUGUGCCAUCCUCUUUCCAUUUUAUAAUGACAGAUGAUAAAUUGAAAGGUGCUUCAUGAGAUGUAAUGAUGCUGAUUGUUCACUGAUGUUCUUUAACAAACUUCUGAGGCCUUCACUGAACAGCUGGAUUUAUACUGGGAUUAAAUGACACCAGGGGUUCUCAAACAUUUCAGGCCAAGUCCUGUUUCAGUGGAAGGAAACUUUCAAACCCCUUCCCUCAUGCCCGUUUCUUCAUGACAGGAAAAAAAAACAUGUGUCUAAUUUCAUAUUAGCAAAGAGAAAGUCAAUCAAAUAAAAAUUUCUACAUUUCUUUUA